CUUAAUUUUUGUCAGUUUUAGUCAUCAAAGAUCUAUUUUUGUUAGUCUUAGUCUAGGUUUUGUCAUGGAAAAAACAUUUUUAGUCAUAGUUUUAGUCAACAAAAUUAACACUAGUCCUGCCUCAUUCUUUGCUUGAGGACAUAGAGGUGACAUCGAGGGAGACUGAGUGUGCAACAUCUAUAAGUUGAGAGAAAUGUGUACCUCUACUCUAGCUCUAAUAGCUAGAAUUAAAAGCACUCCUGUUUGUUUCACAUUCACAGGACUUGUGCACAUGUUCUUGACCACUUGCUAUAGAAUGACCUCUUUUGAUUUAUAAGAAAAAGACUGAAUAUAUCAGCAGCCCACAGGGAAUGCUGCCAUGCCUGCUGUUGCAUGAAACCCUAUAAAAUUUUAUUAGCCCCUCUCUGGAAUAGUUCCAGACGUUAAUUAUUCUCUUUGAGGUAGUGGUGAUUUAAAAAGUGGCUUGUUUCCAUAAAAACAAAAAUGUUCUGCCCGGUGUUUAUCAUGAAGUAACGUAUUUUGCUAUAGAGACUGAUUCAGUUUUGUGAACUGCUGUGUGAGUCCAUGUUGAUAGAAUACGGACUUCUUGUUGUAUAGUGGUUCUGGCUAAGGAGGGGUCAAAAUGCUUUAAUAAAAGACAUGUUUGUUGGAAUUAAGUCGAGGGUCUAAUGUUUUAAUUGUAUGUGAACAAUUAUCCUGUAUGAUGUUUUUUUACGUGCAGCUUGUUUUGGAUGAUCUUUUAAAUGUGGAGAAAUGUAUGUUACAAAAGAGGACUGUAUUACUAGUAUUACUACUAUGUUUUCUUUUCCAGCAUUCUUUAUGGGCAAAAGUACCCCUAGCUAAUGUUUUACAGAUUGCAUUUCUUCUUUUUCUUUGAACUUAUACGCUCUGGAAAAUAUCAGGGCUUUAAUCUAACUUGAUGCAGUUUAACUCUGCGAUGUCUGGUAUGUAUAGCCUGCAACAGUUUGCACAAACAUAUAGAACACAGAACAACACAUGAGCCACGUGAGUGAGCUUUUCUGGCUUUUGUUGACUUUGGCAGGGAGCCGCCCCCCUCAGCCCCUCACUCAUUCCUUCCAUACCCUCGCAUAAACACACACACACACACACACACACAGAGCUGAAUCCAACCCAUACUUCUCAGACCAUUCCUUUCACAAACACUUCCUUUUUUUCUUCCCACUAUUUUCCCCAAGUGGAUGUAUACACACUCGUUGUUCCUCGAGUUUUAUGAACCGAGCCAUUACCUUUUUUUUUUCUAAAAGCUUUUGUAUAGCAAAUGUGUUUUUCACCACACUGGGCAAGGGCCAUGUCUUGUUUUCCACAAUGACAGUGAUGGCUUUGUUUUCUUUCAAUGAGAUCUGUAUGUAAUAAAGAAAACCGUUUUCCUAAGAAACUGCCUUACUGUGCUAUUUCACGUAUCUUGUCUUGAGUCCCUACUUGUCUUGGACUGCAUUAACGCUGUUGACAUAGUGUAACCAACAUGAGCUUUGUUAAUGUGCAAAGUGAGUGCCAAAAGGCGCAAACUAGUGGUAAAGAUUAACACUUUUUUCAUAGGCGCAAAGGCUUUUCCCAUCUUUAAAUUCUUUUUUUAGAAACUAUUCAUGCCAUGUACAGUUACAGUAACCACACACACAUAGACACACAUGUGUACCCACUAACUUGGCUCUGAGUUGUGUUCACUUCCCGAUGUUUGGGGUCGAACCUCGGGCCGUCCAACCACUGAAGACGGGGGACAACAUCUGUCCGCCAUCUUUGUCAGUGCUGCAAAGUGUCAUGGAAACGCACACAGAAGUAGUUCAGGAUGGCUCUCAAUGUGCCGGGUCUGGUGGUGAUGGCAGGGUUCUACCUGCUGAUUCUGGGUACUGGAAUCUGGGCGUCCAUGCGCUCCAAGAAAGAAGAGAAGAAGUGCGCCGGGGAUGGCAUGGAGAUAACCCUCUUGGCUGGACGGAAUAUCAACUUGCUUGUCGGCAUCUUCACUCUUACUGCAACUUGGGUGGGUGGAGGCUUCAUCCUCGGUAUAGCGGAGGCAACGUACAAUCCAACACUUGGUGCAGUGUGGGCCCUCAUGCCUGUACCAUAUGUCCUGACCUUCUUCUUAGGUGGCUUUUUCUUUGCCAAGCCUAUGAGAGAGAACAAGUAUGUGACAAUGAUGGAUCCCUUCCAACAGAAGUAUGGGAACGUUCUGAGCAGUGCGCUGAUCUUUCCAGCACUGGUGGCUGAUGUCCUGUGGGUGGCACGCACACUCGUCAGCCUGGGUGGGACUAUGGCUGUGAUCCUGGACCUGUCCUACGUCUACUCCAUCAUCAUCUCCUCAGUAGUGGCCAUUAUCUACACACUGCUUGGGGGGCUGUACUCUGUGGCCUACACAGAUGUCAUCCAGCUCAUCCUCAUCUUUGUCAGUCUGUGGGUGUGUGUUCCCUUCCUGUUGACCAACCCUCACUCUGUGGACAUCUCACUGACGGCUUACAACGAGACCUUCCAGGCUCCCUGGGUCGGCACGGUGGAGCUCGAUGAGGCCGGCAAGUGGUUUGACGACUUCAUGCUGCUGGCUCUGGGCGGUUUGGCCUACCAGGCGUUCUACCAAAGAAUCCUGUCAGCCUCAUCUUACACCCAGGCUCAAGUAACCUGCUUUGCCUCAUCGGCCUUCUGCUUGGUACUCGGUAUCCCUUCUGUGCUGGUCGGGGCUGUAGCUGCAUCAACAGACUGGAACUCAACCAGCUACGGAUUGCCGACUCCAUAUGAGCGUGACCAGGCAGGCUCCAUUCUCCCGAUCGCCCUGCAGUUCCUCACACCGCCCUAUAUUUCUGUAAUCGGUAUUGGAGCUGUGGCUGCUGCUGUCAUGUCCUCCAUGGACUCAGCUCUUCUGUCCUCAGCCUCCCUGUUUUCUUCAAAUAUCUACAAGAACAUCAUCAGAAAGCAGGCAUCAGACUAUGAGAUGCAGUGGGUGAUCCGUAUCUCGGUGGUGGUCGUGGGUCUGGCAGGCACCGCUCUUACUUUCUUGGACAGCAGUGUCCUAGUCUUCUGGCUUGUGGGUGUGGACAUGUCCUACACCAUUAUGUUCCCCCAGCUGGUCUGCAUCCUCUUCUUCAAGGUGUCCAAUGGAUAUGGAGCCACCGUGGGCUACUUGAUGGGAAUCAUUAUGAGAGUCCUGAGUGGCGAGCCCCUCAUCGGCCUACCACCAGCCAUCAAGUUCCCUGGUUGUCGAUUGGACGACGAGGGAAAGAUGACCCAAUUUUUCCCCUUCCGCACUGCCAUCAUGGUCAUUUCACUGGCUUCCAUCCUGAUCGUCUCCUGGUUGACCUCCAUCAUUUUCAACAAAGGUCUUCUGCCAGAGAGUUGGGAUGUGUUCAAGAUCAAACGCAAGCAGAAACCAACAGCCGGUGCCGCGGACCACAAGAGGACCGUCUCUGAACAGGAAGACCCAUCAGUGGCCAAGCAGCUCUUGGACACCACCAGCUGCUAAAGAGUCUCACAAAGACAGAGAGAGAGAAGAUGGGCACCAGAUGGAGCAGGCAUGUUUGUCUGCUAGCAGGAGAUCAUAGAGGGGGAACAACGGAAAGGCUGGACAUUAUGUACAAAUCAGUGCAGUGUCACAUUAACAGAGUGUGAUCUGAGCUCUCUGGCACCUUACUUCAUUAGUUGCCUAUGUGUGUUUUACAUAUAAUACAAUGAAAACAGACUCUUUGGAUAGGAUUAAUAGCAAAAGCCAGCAUUUUUUACUAUGAGGAUGAUUACAUACACCAUGGCCCUGAAUAGGCUGUCUGUUAAACUUGCAGCAGUGUUCUUUGUGUGGACUCUUUCCAUUUCAGCAUGUAAACAAGUGACAUAAAGAAACCUGAGGCAAGUUUAACCACUGAGACAAUUUGAUUCGUUCAAUUUAAGUUAAAAAUUCACAAUAAAAUCCAAUAUACCAUUAAUUCACUGGAUUUUCACCAAAAAGAUCAGGCAUAUAGAUUGAUAAGAAUAUAAUUUUUCCUCUUUGAUAAUUAAAAAAUGCCUUGAGAAUUCUUGAUGACCAAUGUUCAACCAGUUCCUGAUGAGCACAGCACUGUGGCGAUGUUAUGGCACAAAGACACCCACACAUGGGAUUAAAAGUCAGUCAGCCCAACAGUUUGAUGAUAAAAAUGUUAAUUCAUGUAGUUGUUCGUGGUUCAUAGUUCAUAUUUAUACUUCAUAGAUGGUUUGAAAUUACUUGCUGCAAUUUAGCUUUUACAAGAGCGACAAAAGCGACUGCAUUUCGUGGCUGCUCAGAAAACAUGAAUGCGUCAAAAGUCCUCUUAAUCGCAGUGUUUCUCAGCACACUGUACAGCACUGUCUCACUGUGAACCUCUGUAAAAGAUUUGCCCUUACAUGCAGCAGAACAGGGCUCCACUUUAACACCAGAACAAACAAAAUGCUCCCCAAGGAGCAAGUGCUUACCCUGCCAUGGCCCUGGACUCACUUUUUAAAGACAUUUCAUCAUGUACCAUUUUUAUUGUGAUCUGAUCUCUGCUGCUUCAAGCUCUAUAAUACACCAAAUGUGAUUUUUCUUAUCUUGCAAAUUAAUUUUAAAUGAUGUUUUUUAAAUUCCUAAUUGUAUCUUCAAUCAUAGUUUAAAAGCAUUUUGAUUUUAAUCUAAGAUAGCAGCUGUUCUGUGGUUACCGGACUGCCUUACUGUCGAUUUUUCACAAAUUUCUGCAGCCUAGAAAAUGUUUCUCUGGCUUUGCAAUGAUACAGACUUGAGUUGCAGCACAAUGCUGCUGGUUUUAUUGUACAAGAAAUUCACAAACCACAACCAAAAUACUGGACAGAGUUGGCACAAACUCUAUUUCAAGGAUUUUAAUUCUCCAUUGCUUCAAACAGUUAAUAUGAGUUUUCUGCCAAGAAUCAUCAGAACUGCUUAACUUUCACUUUGUCUAACACAAAUAUCUUAUAAGGCCAUGCUUUUUGAUAGCAAUCCACAUGAUAAAAAACUGAAUGCACAUGUUUUCUCUUACUACAAGGAGAGAAAGAACUUUAGACAUAUCACAGUUUUCUUCUCCGUCCAUCAGUGUUAGACGUGAUCUGUUUGGCUUGUUGUUGACUUUGUACUGUAUAGUUUUGCUUUUGUCAUCACUCCAUGAAAAGAUGUAGUUUACAGUCCGAUCAUUUUUCCCUUUGACAGGAAAAUAUGUUUGUAACUAAGACUCUAAGAAUCAACAGUUCAGCACAGUUUGAGUCCUAUUCUAAGUGAGUUAUUACUAAACAGGUGAACUUGUGUUUUUAAGUGUAUGUGUCAUUUAACUGAGCCUACAAUGACAUUUGUUAUGCAGAGAGAUCCCUGCUCAUUGUCUGACAGGCAGAGAGCCUUCCUCUACUAAACUGUUGCCUUAAAUAUCACUGGAAACUGGUUUCACUCCGCUGUCAGUGCGUUUGCGCUGGUCAUCGUCAUAUGGGUGUAUAAUCUAGUCAUUUUUCAAAUACCUCAUGGGCCGCUAAUGUUUGCUUUAAGUAUCGAGACUUUGACCUAGAUUGUGACUUCUAUCCAAAGCAUACUGUGUUAACGUCACUUUCCAAAGACUGAACACACAGACGACAGUGUGUCUGAAAACAGGACGCAUGCAGGACAAAAUGCAUCCAUCUUUUUAUAUGUGUGAUUGUGAUUUCUAUCUGUAUUAUACUCUUGUACUGUACAGUCUAAUCAUGAUUUGUAUAUUUACACUUUUUAUUUUUAUCAAAGUUGAUCACUAUGCGUUGUGAAUUUUAGAGGAGAAGCACACGUGUAUUUUAUCUCAAGUUAGCAACGUCACAGUAAAAUUAAUUCAUCUUCAGUUUUGUUGAACAUAAAAUGUUAUUUCAUCUUCACAGGUUUACAUCUUUGGUCAUUAGUGUUUGUCUGUGCGUUCUACACGUCACAGGUAACACAUGAAACAUGCAGAUGGAGAAAGAAGUAGCCUUGUAGAACAAACACCCGAGCCUGACGAUGUCUCUAGACAUGACUUACUGCAAGUUAACUUGCCAGCAGUCAGCAAGCUGUCCACAACACAGAACAGGAUGGGAAGGGAUGCCUUAAUAAUGGAGCAUGUUUAUGUCAUCUGUUCAUUUCAUCACUUUUGAGGAGAAGGGUUACUUUUUCCAUGUUGGGUUAUUCAGACAUUCUCUUUGAAAGUGCUGAAAGGUUGGAGUUUUAUAAUAUAAAAAGGUGAUGAGUUCUUUUACUGUGUUUUCCCCUCAUAUGUAUUUGGUUUUUUAUUAUUAUGCAUGUUGAUUUUGAUUAACUGUGUUGUUUGUAUACUGAACUUUUGUGAAGGCUGUUCUCUCUUGCCACUUGGCAAGGUCCUACUUUGUAAUCGAUUAAUGUAAAUCCCCAUGGGGUGAUGUUCUGUCAGAAUAAAGGCCGAAAACAAUCA